GAAACUCUCUUAAUUUGAGAGAGCAGCAGGGAGUAAAUAAAUGUAAACUGCAUGCGUAAACGUUGGCGCUGAAAUUUGUUUACAAGCAAAUGCGAAAACUACUCAAUUGUAUAAGCAAUGAGACUGACUACCAUUCGAACGCACAGCUGGCGCUACUAAUUAUCCCUGUCUAUUGUACUUGUGUGUAUGUAUAGUAUUUGCAAUCACCCAACCACCAUUCACCAUUUCGCAUGGCCAUGCACCCACAUAUUCUUCCUCCUGGCAUCACGGCAUACAUCUUGCGCUUGCAAAUGAGCGCUCAUAAAGGACAUAUUAGUGGUAAACGGGGCAAUAAUAAAAGGCAUACAAUAGCUAAGGAUGCGCACAGUCGUCUCGCGAACGUCCUGGCUGCAACAUCAACGCGCAGCAACGAAAGGAUUCAUUCAAAUCGCCAAGCGCGCAUUUUUUUGUGUAAAUUAAUUUUGAUCUUCGUGAAGAAAUGGCGGGUCCAUUUUUAUCACCUCUACCGGGAGACCUUUUAACCGAAUAUAUGUUCGGUCGGCGACGUCAGCGUCGUAAUCGUACAACGUUUACGCCGCAGCAAUUGCAAGAAUUGGAAGCACUCUUCCAGAAAACUCACUAUCCAGAUGUGUUCCUACGUGAGGAAGUGGCUUUGCGGAUCAGUUUGAGUGAAGCGCGUGUGCAGGUCUGGUUCCAGAACCGUAGAGCUAAAUGGCGGAAACAGGCACGUUUACAAUUGCUGCAAGAUGCCUGGCGCAUGCGUUGUUUGAGCCUGGGAACGCCUACAGUUAUAGCGGCAGGCGAUCGGGUGCCUAGAAUACCCGGUACAGCUGCUUUAAAUGGCGCCUCACCUACUGAACUAACACCCGAAAAUCUUACCAGUGGUGCACAACCGAAGGACGGGCACAUACACUCACCCGAAUCGAUGAUUGCGACUAACGGACAGUCCAUGCCAAGCGAUUUUACAAUGAUGCAUCCAGCAUUUCAAUUACAUCAGCAGCAACAACACUCACAAAAAUUAGAUGCCGAAUCAGUGGAUAAAUCUAAAAAUGACUCUAUAAACGGCAGACACCCAAAUGGAUGUGAGAAGACUUAUACUGAACUAAAAUUAUACAAAGAACAUCAUGGGCAUGGACUAGGUAGCGCUUUGCAAUCGCAUAUGAACAUAAAUGGACUGGCGACGGAUCCAAGUGUAAUGGCCAAUGCUUUGGCUCAUGGUUCGGAUGAGGGCUCUGAUGAUUCCGAUUCUGAAGAAAUCGAUUUAACAUCAGGUUCUUGCAUAGAUUUCUCAAGUAAUAAACAGCAUUUGCAACAGCAAUCACAACAACAACAACCGAACGGUACAACAGCAGCAACCAAUAGAGUGCAUUAAUAUAUAUUUUGAAUUUGAUUAUAAAUUAAACUAAAAAUAAUGAGUAUUUACUUGCACAGCAUUUUCAUAUGUAUGUAUUGUACAUAAAUCCAAAAAUGUAAUAUU